AUGUCUGCCCCCGUUCAAAACAACGAUACUGCCGCCGAGCAGACUUACAAGGAGGGCAAUCAUAAUGGCCAUCACUUGCCUCCAACCACCGCCGACGCAGGUCCUGGGGGGAGAGUACCAAAGCCUUACCAGUCCAUGGUCUCUCAGGUGUAUGAUCCUCAAUUUUUCAAGAUUGCCAAUCCUGGACCUCUGGGUCUCAUUGCCUUUGCUCUGACUACCUUUGUCCUGGGCCUAUACCAGUGCGGUGCUGGAUUGCCAAACUCAAACCCCCUCGGAAGCGUCGGUCCUGACCAAGCAGUAUUCGGUCUGGCUGUCUUCUACGGCGGCACCGCACAGUUCAUUGCCGGUAUUAUGGAAUUCCGUGUGGGCAACACCUUUGGUACAACUGUCCACUGCUCCUACGGCGCCUUCUGGCUUGCGUUUGCCAUGUUCAUGGUCCCUCAGCUUGGUAUCAAGGAAGCCUACGGUGGAGAUGAGCACGCCUUCAGCUUCGCCGUGGGCAUAUUCUUGAUUCUGUGGUGCUUCCUAACCCUCGUCUUUUUCAUUGCUGCAUUGAGAACAAACAUUGCCAUUUUGACCGUCCUGGGCCUGCUUGUUCUGGCAUUUUUCUUCCUCAGCAUUGCUCAGUUCAUCUCCACUACUCAUACCACUGCGGCGGUUCGUGUCAAUCGUGCGGGAGGAGUAUUUGCCGUGCUGUGCGCUUUUGCUGCAUUCUAUGCUGGAAGUGCUGGUCUCAUGACGCCGGCAACAACUUGGGUCGUGUUCCCUUUGGGCGAGUUCGAACGACCUCCGGCCCAAACGAAUCCUGUCUAG